AUGGCAACUACAAAGUGGCUGGCUGAUGAGUUAUUAAAUGAAUUUAGGAAGAAACCAAAUUAUUCUGUAGCUGAAAUGGACUAUGAUUUGAUGAUAAAAUAUGUAAUGAAAGUCUCAAUAUGCUCAUGUUAUAAGGCAAAAAAGCUAGCUUUAGUGAAGCUUAGAGGAUCAAUAGAGGUUCAUUAUGCCAAAUUGAGAUCCUAUAUGCAUGAAUUGAAGAAAGUUGAUAGAAAAGGAUGUUUUGAUCUAGAAUACAAUAUGGAAGAGGAUAAUUCUAUUUUUCAAGGGUUAUACAUAUAUUUUUGUGGAUUAAGGAAGGGUUUUAUGCAGGGAUGUAGACCUAUCAUAUCUCCAGAUGGUGCAUUCUUGAAGAAUAUACUUGGGGAUGCAAUUUUAAGUAAAAUUGGUCGUGAUGAUAACAACCAAAUGUACCCUAUUGCUUGGGCAGCAAUGUUGGCUGAGAACGAAAGCACUUGGAGAUGGUUCCUAACUAGAUUCUUCAAUGACUUGUUCAUUGACACAGUAUACAGUAUAUAUGAAGCACAAUUUAUGGCUAAUCUGAAGGUAUUUAGAGAAGUUGAUCCUGAGGCAGAAGAUGGAUUUAUUUCCAAGGAUCCAAGAGUGUUCUGUAAAGCAUACAAAUCCACUCUACCUAAGUGUGACAAUAUUGACAACAACAUUGCUGAGACUUUUAAUGGAUGGAUAUGCAAAGCAAAGUUGCUACAUAUUAUUGACAUGUUGGAAGAGAUUAGAUGUGCUUUGAUAGAAAUGAUUAAAAUCAAGUCUGACAUAAUGAAAAAUAGUGUGGAUGUAUUGUGCCCAAGGAUUAGAAAGAAGAUUGAGAAAUUAAAGUGGGAAACCAAAUUCUGUAUACCAAAGCCAGCUUUGAAUGACAAAUUUCAGGUUAAAGUAUUUGAUGAACAGUUUGUGAUGUCUCUGCCAGACAGGAGUUGCACAUGCAAAGCUUGGCAACUAAUUGGAAUUUCUUGCAUUCAUGCAAUUUUCAGUAUUCAUUGGUUGAGGCAGAAUAUUGAUGACUAUGUCGAUGAAUGCUACAAAAAGGUCAUGUACUAUAAGAAAAAGUAA